CUAAUUAUCGGAAACAAAACGGUCAUAACUGUCACAGCACAUUUGUUGUUCAAGAAUUCCAUGGCUACUCUUCACUGUCACUGCUUCCGCAUGCUCCCCUCUUCUCCCCCUGAUAGGAUUAAUCUGCCACUUCACCAAUUCUCUUUCCCAAAAAAUCAUGGAGCUCAGGGAAGGAAGAAGCUUUUGCCAUUCCGUUGCCGAUCGAGCAGCGAUAACAACGAGGAAUAUUUGCUGGAUGCUCCUGUUUCAGUUGGGGAUGGCUUUUCUUUUAGCGGAGGAAAAUAUUCAGACGAGCCGAGCCCCGCUGAUGAAUGGUUCAAGAAAGGAAAAUUUGUGAAAGCUCAUCCUGUAUCUGGGACUGGGGAGAAGGCAAAAGAUCCUCUUUUUGGACUUACAAUGGGUGGGGGUUCACAGGCCUCAACUGAUCUUUUCAGAUGGUUUUGUGUAGAGAGCGGAAGCACCGACAAUUCUACUAUUGUGUUACUCCACGGAUUACCCUCGCAGGCAUACUCUUACCGCAAAGUUCUUCCCAUUCUUGAGAAGAACUAUCAUGCUAUAGCAUUUGAUUGGCUGGGAUUUGGAUUCUCAGAUAAGCCCCAACCACGAUACGGAUUUGACUAUACAUUGGAUGAGUACGUGGCAUCCUUGGAAUCUAUUAUCAAUGCUCUUACCAGCAAAAAGGUUACUCUUGUAGUACAGGGAUACUUUUCACCAAUUGCGAUCAAAUAUGCUAGCAAUCACCAGGAAAAGCUAAAUGGUCUUAUACUUCUCAAUCCACCACUGACAAUGCAACAUGCCAAUCUACCAUCAACCUUAUCAGUCCUGAGCAACUUUUUGUUGGGCGAAAUAUUUUGUCAGGACCCUCUUAGAGCUAGUGAUAAAACAAUGCUGAGUUGUGGUCCUUACCAAAUAAAAGAAGAUGUGGCAAUGGUUUACAGAAGACCUUAUCUCACAUCUGGUUCUGCAGGAUUUGCAUUAAAUGCAAUAAGCAAGGCAAUGAAGAAGCAACUGAAGGGCUAUGUUGAGGACUCAAGAGCAAUACUUAUGGACAAUAACUGGACGGUCCAAACAACAGUUUGCUGGGGACAAAGAGACCGCUGGUUAAGCUUUGAUGGUGUAGAAGAUUUCUGCAAAGAAUCAAAGCAUCGGCUGGUCGAACUUCCUAUGUCGGGACAUCACGUUCAGGAGGACAGUGGUGAAGAAUUAGGUCAACUCCUUGCUGGAAUUGUUGGAAAAAGAAGCAGCAUUUUGUGAUUUUCAUAAUCUCUGGAUUAAAUGGGCUGCUGAAAGGGAUCGACCCAACAUUGGUCUUCUCUGACAGCUUUUUUCCAUCUAUUCUUGAAUCGCUCUAAUUCAACAAGAGAUUGUUUACGCACCUGCAAAAUGACUCUGGUUUUAUCAUAACAUGGAAAGGAACUUGGAGAUACUAAUUAGUUGUGUGUUUAGCUUAAUAUGCAAUUCAAUGUUAGAAGAUUGUCAUAUUGCAUUGUGUAUGUGGUGUAGAUACACUAAGAUAUGAAUGUUUCAAAGAAACUGGAAAAUGCAACAGAAUGGCUAUCAAGUAGAGGUUCUUUCA